GGAAGUACGUCUCCUACAAUGGUUGGAGCAGGCGGAGGGUCGCUUUCCGGGUAGCGGCUUCUCGUACACUGGGGCGGUCAUGGCGGCAGCGACCGAGCUGCAAGGGAAGUACCAGAAACUAGCGCAGGAAUAUUCCAAGCUUCGUGCUCAGAAUCAAGUAUUGAAAAAGGGUGUAAUGGAUGAGCAGGCAAACUCAGCAGCUCUAAAGGAACAAAUGAAAAUGAAAGACCAAUCACUCAGGAAGCUGCAACAGGAAAUGGAUAGUUUGACUUUUCGAAAUCAGCAGUUGGCCAAGAGAGUAGAGCUCCUUCAAGAUGAACUUGCAUUAAGUGAAUAUAAAGGCAAGAAGAACAAGAAAAGUGGUGACUCUGUAACUCAGUUGAGUCAAGAACAGAAAAACGUCUUUGGUGAAGAUCUUCAAAAAAAGAUAGAAGAAAAUGAGAGGUUACACAUUCAGUUCUUUGAGGCAGAUGAGCAACAUAAGCGCUUAGAAGGUGAGCUGAGAAGCAGACUUGAUGUUUUAGAGAUGGAGACUGCACAGCAUCAAGCUGUGGUGGAUGGCCUUACUAGGAAGUACAUGGAUACAAUAGAAAAGCUGCAAAAUGAUAAAGCCAAGUUAGAAAUCAAAUCUCAAAGCCUAGAGAAGGAAGCCAAGGAUUGCAGAGGUCGAACAGAAGAGUGCCAGCGGCAGCUACAGCAUCUUCAUAGAGACCUGAGUAGCAGAUUGGAUGAGUCUUUACGGAUUAUAAGUGAAAAAGUACCUUUCAAUGAUACAAGAUCUAGCCAGUAUAAUGCUCUGAACGUGCCAUUACAUAAUCGACGCAGGCAAUUGAAACUUCGUGAUCUUGCUGGUCAAGCUCUGGCCUUUAUCCAGGAUUUAGUGACAGCUCUCCUUAAUUUCCACACCUACACCGAGCAGCGAAUUCAGAUUUUCCCAAUUGAUUCUGCCACAGAUACCAUUUCACCCUUAAAUCAGAAGUUCUCACAGUACCUUCAUGAAAAUGCAUCCUACAUUCGCCCACUGGAGGAAGGCAUUCUGCAUUUGUUUGAGAACAUCACAGAAGACACCAUCACAGUGCUGGAAACAACUACGGAAUUAAAAACUUUUUCUGACUACUUAACAUCUUAUGUCUGCUUUCUCAGGAAGAUUCUUCCUUAUCAGUUGAAAAGUUUGGAAGAAGAGUGUGAAUCUUCUCUUUGCACAGCUGCAUUAAGAGCCAUGAAUAUGAACCUGCAAAAUGAUAUGAAGAAGCUGACGGCAAUCUUUGAGAAGCUGCAUACAUACAUUUGUCUUCUAGCCUUACCCAGCACAAAAGCAGAUCACCUGCUUCAAACAAAUUUCAACUCUGUGUUCACAUGCAUUGCUUCAGCUCUUAAUGGAUUUCAAGAAGUUAUGAAAGAUAUUAACAAGCACUUUAGUCAAAAAGCUACCUUGGAACGUGAGCUCCCUAUAGCCACUCAGAAGCUCAUCACCACCAAUGACUGUAUCUUAUCCUCUCUGUUAGCAUUAACUAAUGCAACAGGCAAGAUUGCGUCAUUCUUCUGCAAUAAUUUAGAUAGUUUCACUCUAUCACUGAGUUAUGGACCUAAAGGAGGAAUGGCAUUUGUCAACCCCCUCUCAGCUGAGUGCAUGCUUCAGUAUAAGAAGAAAGCAGCUGCCUACAUGAAACAUCUGAAGAAGCCUUGUCCUGAUUCAGUGCCUUAUGAAGAGGCUUUGGCUAAUCGCAGGAUUCUUCUGAGUUCCACAGAGAGCAGAGAAGGCCUCGCACAGCAGGUCCAGCAGAGUUUGGAAAAAAUUGCAAAAUUGGAACAAGAAAAAGAGCAUUGGAUGCUGGAGGCCCAGCUAGCUAAAAUUAAGUUAGAAAAAGAGAAUAAAAAAGUAUCUGAAAAAGCCAAAACGUCUGUAGGCAACCAGCUGAUUGAAGCAACCACAGAAAAUUCCUUUGUGUUAAAUGCAAUGAAACAAGAAAAGGAUGAUGGUGCAGAAAAAGCACUGAGAGAGCCAGUUCAAAGUACAAGUUUGAUUGGAAUGCUAACAGUGACCACUGGAAAUGAAGAGAUUCCAGAAGCUGAUACCAGGGAAGAUUUGAUAAAGAACCACUAUAUGGCGAGAAUAAUAGAGCUUACAUCUCAGCUACAGUUUGCUGAUAGCAAGUCUGUACAUUUUCAUGCAGAGUGCCGAGCACUUGUAAAACGGCUUACUCUAGCAGAGAAUGCAAAAGAAUCAUUACUGGAAAAAAUGAAAUUAACAAGACUUAACAUCAGCAAGUUACAGGAUGAGUUGACAACAACCAAGAGAAGCUAUGAAGAUCAGUUAAGCAUGAUGAGUGACCACCUUUGCAGUAUGAAUGAAACCUUAACCAAACAACGGGAAGAGAUAGAUACAUUAAAACUGGCUAACAAAGGAAAUUCCAAGAAGAACAAAAGCCGAUAGUAUUGGUUGGCUAGCUGUUUUUACAAUUAUGCUGCGACAGAGAAAACACCGAUACUGGGACUGGAUUUCAGUUGGUCAACUCACCUGUUGCUUGGAUAUGGCUGUAAUUCAGUUUAGGCUUUGAUGUUGUGCAUAAAAUUGAAAACAUACUGGUUGUGUUUAGCCAGCAAAAUCUAAACUGAACUUGGUAUGGUCAGAAACACGGGCAGGAAAAUGAAUAUUGUAUGGAUAGCAUGCAUAGAACUCAACCAUAAUUUUUUAUCAUACACUUUGGAUAAGUUUUAAUUUCCAUCUCCAAACUUCUUCAGUUGUGUAUAUUUUGAUGCAUACUAGAUGAACAGAUUGGGCAUUAAUGCAGUAGUUGUCUUUUCCUUCACUCCUGCUCAUCCAUCCUUGUUUACAAGAAAUAACCA